AUGUUUGCUUCUUUGGGUGUACGCAUAGCAGCAAAAGCAAAUGUAAGGUUUGACAGUCAUCCCCCUUUUCUUAUCAUUGAUAGAAGGGAUACAGCAGCAGAGGAGGCUGCUGCAGCUGCUGCAGCAGCAGCAGCAGCAGCAGCAGCAGCAGCAGCAGCAGCAGCAACGCCUGCUGCCCCUGCUCUUCCCCCACUCGAAGCAGAUGUUAGUAUCCUUGACGAAGACCUCAACGCAAUGCUGCAACAAAUAAAAAAAGGAACAAAGGGACUGCAGCGAGCAUGGAGAAAGCUGCCAGCAGAAGCAAAGAGAGCAGCAGCAGCAAAUUACUUACCUCCUGCAGCAGAAGAUGAUGAUCCUGUUGCUGCAUUCAAAGCUCUUGCUGCUGCUGCUUUUAGGAUGCCGAGGCCGCCGCUGCCACCGGGAUAUGCUGAGAGAUAUAAAAAAGAAACAGAAGAAGCAGCAAAAGCAAAAGCAGCAGCAGCAGCUGCUGCUGCUGCUGCUGCUGCUGCAGCAGACACAGAAACAAAAACAGAAACAGAAACAGAAACGGCAAAAGAAAACGAGCAAACAAAGGCAAAGGCUGGUGAUGAUCCUGCUGCUGAUGCUGCUGAUGCUGCUGCUGCUGCUGCUGAUGCUGCUGCUUCUGCUGCGACAGAAGAAAAAGAAGAUAAAGACAAAGACAAAGAAAAAGAAAAAGAAAAAGACAAAGACAAAGACAAGAAAACAGACACAGAUGCAGACACAGAGGCAGAGACAGAAAAAGAAACAGAAACAAAUACAGAAAAAGAAACAGAAACAAAUACAGAAAAAGAAACGGAGACAAAUACAGAAAAAGAAACAGAGACAAAUACAGAAAAAGAAACAGAGACAGAGACAGAAAAAGAAACAGAGACAAAGACAGAAGAAGAAGCAGCAGCAACAAAGAAGAUGAGCGCAGAGGAGGAGCUGCGUAUAGCUCAGCAGCUGGAGGCGCGGCGUAUGUACAGUCUGCGGCUGCUGCUGGUGCGCAGCAUCGUGCAUGCAGCGCAGCAGCGGCUGGAGGGGGUAGAGAAGGCCUACCAGCAGGCGCGGCUGCGGGGGGUCCCCUGCUCUGUGCUGCUGCUGCAGGGGCGGCAGCUGCCAGCAGCAGAACAGUUUAUAGAUAAAGAGCAGCAGCGGCUGCUGGGCUUCGACUCUGUCUCCUUCAAGCUCAUACCCAGGCCCCAGUUCUUCAGCAGCAGCAGCAGCAGCAGCAGCAGCGGAGAAGGAGAAGGAGGAGAUGAUCCUACUACCAGCAGCAGCAGCAGCAGCAGCAGCAGCAGCAGCAGCAGCAGGCCAAGGGGUAGACGUGUGCCCAAGUACAGAGAUUUCUUAGCCCCUGAAGCACCAACAAGGGUGAAUAGAAUCCCGGAAGAAAUAAUAAAAAGAUUGUUGGAGUCUGUUGCUGUCUUUGAUAUUCUUGCUGCUAGCGAUGCUGCUGUUGCUGCUGCAUUCGAUCCUCUUUUUGCUGCUCUUAAAAUUAAUAAACAAGAAUUGCUGCAGCAGAUUCACCAGCAGCAGGAACAAGAACGGAUGCUGCAGCAGCAAGAACAGCAGCAGCAGCAGCAGCAGCAACAGCAGCAGCAAGAAGGAGAAGGGGAAAGCGAUAAGCAGCAGGAAGCUGCCACUGAAAGCUGUAGAGGAGCAGCAGGGGGACCGCAGCUUGCCUGUGUAUAUAUCUGA